AUGUCGACGACUUCGUAUCAGACCAACGCCAAACCUAGGAGUCGCCGUGGGAGUCACGGCGAAGCCUCUGAGAACAAUCGCAGUAGAGCCUCCAGCUCCGCUUCAUUGAGGUUAUCCAAGACGUUGUCCCGGACUCUCGACGAGGUUGCUGUUCCAAGAAACAGCCGGCCUAGUUCACCGGCCAUUCACAACUACCGACAGAGAACAUUUGACUCCAGGCCGUCUGACCAGUUUAUGACUUCCUCGAGACAGUCGACUGGCUCUGUCGAUUCGGUCAGGAACGUCAGAUCCAGGUAUGAGGAGGAGAGGACACGGACGCCCGGAUCUGCCGUCAAGAUGAAACCACAAGUCGUGCAGUCCUGGGAUGACGAACACAGCCAGCCCAAUAAACCCAUGGCGGGCGAAAAUCUGGUCACACAAACCGCAACGGUCGGGGCACCUGAGGCGAAGCCCAUGGAGUCGCAGACAAAGGGGCCAGCGCAAACACCAUCGUCCAGCGAGACACCAGCAUUAAGAUUACUGGCGUCCAUGCAACCAACUGUUGCUGAAGAAGCCGACGAAAACCUUGUUCACCCGGCAUCAUCCGUGCCACCGCAGUUGACAACUUCCCCUCCGCUUCCUGCUACCGUCGCUGCACCUUCAGCCACAGUAACCGAAGAGAAGGUUGGCGAGGACGUUGCCCACCCAUCUCCCCGGACAUCUAAAUCCUCUCUUCAAGACCCGUCUUCCGUCUACAAUGCCACCGGAUCGGCAGCCUCUUCUGGAAAUCCGCUGCUUGCCCCACAUCCCAAAUCCACGGUCACUUUUCUCCAGCCUUCGCUUGUUCAGCAACUACCCGAAUCAGGCGAGGGCGAGGUGUCCGUACCCAUAAUGACGAGUCCCUCUCUAAGAACUGAAGCGACAGACCCCCAUGAUUCACUGCACAGGACACGCUCCCCAGUAACAUCGCCAACGCAGUCGCCUAUGCUCCAACAUGCCGGCAGUCCUCCCCCUCAACACCUCUUAUAUUACCCCCUCUCCUUCAUGGGCAGUCCGCCUUUUCAUCCUGGAAUGUACCCUUCCAACUUCACGCCUCCAAACAUGCCCCUUGUUUCUGGCGAAGGAGUCCCAAGGUCGGGUUCUGCAGGAGCUGAGGACGAGCGUACAAAGCUUCUAGAAAAGGUUUCCAGUGUUCUUCCAGACAUAGAUCGCCUCCUGCAUUAUUACCGCGAAACCCAAGGCCUUUUGACCGAGAAAGAUCACCUGGUCAAACAAGCAGAGAACCAACACGAGGAAGAGGUCACCAGACUACGUAUCGAGCUGAGCGCAACAAGGGAAGAAUAUGAAAGGAUCAUUGGGGACCAAGCGAGGGAAAAUGUCAACCUGAAAGGCGUGGUCGCCGAGCGCGAUGAGAAGGUGGCGCUUCUGGAAGCCACCUGUAACGAGCUCUCAUCAGUCCAAGAACAGCUAGCAGAUGUGCGUCAGGAGUAUGAGUGCCUGAAAGAAGAGGCGGGGAGGGACAAAGCGCUAAUUGAACAGCUUGUAACGGAAAAGCAGGCCCUCGAAGAGGCGGUGGACGGCCUCAAGAAGCAGGCAGCUGAGGAACAGGCUCUGCAGAACCGUACACUGGCAGAGUUGAAAGCCGCCUAUGAGGAACAAUUGACCGAGAAAGAGCACGAACAUGCCAAGGCAUUUGCUGAGCACAAGGCCGGUCUAUCUAAAGUUCAACUCGAUCUUGCAGGCAUAAUCACGAAACAUGCUGAGCAGAAGAAAGACCUGGAUUCCGCUCGAGCCAUUAUCUCAGAACAAGAGCUGUUGUUGGCGAAUAAAGCUACCGAGCUCGCUGAUGCGUUGCGACUCCAUCAGGAUGAAUUGCAAGCCAGAACCAAAGCAGCGCAAGAAAUCGCAGAGCAGCACCUGCAGGAGAUUGAGAAGUCGUCACAAGAACUAUCCGAAUUGAAAACAAAGCACGAAGAAGAAGUGCGUCUGUUGCGUGAUACUCACGAGAAGGAGGUCGAAAGAAUCGAAAAGGCAUCUGAAACCCGACUAGCCGAGGUCGAGGCUGAGCAUAGCCGUCGCGAGGCUCAAUUACAGGAUGAAGUGAACACCGCACUCACCGAGCUCGCCAAAGAGCGAGAGGCGCUUGACGGGUUGAAGACGGAACUCUCAAACUCACAAAAAGCACAUAGCGCAUUGGCAAGCCAGCACGAGAUGACCCGGAAGCAUCACGCCGAGUUGGCCGAAUCAAUGCGCAGUCUAAAAGAUAAGCAGGCGGAAUGGCAUCGAGAAAGCGAAAGGAUGGACAAACUUUUGCAGGGCUUUGGGCAACUGGUUUCGAGCAAAAACACAGGCAAAAGCGACCAGUUCUUUGUCAGCGCUUUUAACCAACUGGGGUCCUUGAUAGAAGAAAUCGCGACACAAUUCUUCCAACCCAAUCCCAACAAUCUUGCGCAUCAUCAACAAGUAUAUCAGAAGCUUGGUGUCCCUGACAUAUCAGGGGUUACAGCGGCGGCCACGGUGCUUCGAAGCUUGGUGAUACAAAGCCAGAUCUGGAGCAUCAUACAGCGGCGCGUCUUUGAGCCCUUUGUGUUUAUAUCGGCGCAUGGGGCGGACGACGAGGACAACGUGGAAAAGGAGUUUUGGGCAUUAGCAUCAAUGAUACGGGCGAAGAGCUUGCGUCGAGAGGCGAUGUGGCGAAGUAUAACAAUGCGAGCCAUCUACGCCAGCGCUGCCGGGCGCAAAGCUACUCGGAUUGCGGCGACGAGGCUCAGCAUGGAGAUCAUGGACAGGAUCGAGACGUUGACUCUAAGCGAGACCCGUCCAGCGCUGCUCCAAGCGAUCCGUGUCGUGGCCAAAGUAGCGGUGGAGACGUGGCGCCGAGCGCGUCUCGAAUGGGAUCUCAUCCACUCGAGCAUGCCUUCGACGCCGGAGACUUGGGAGGCCACAUCCAGCCCUUCUGAUGCUAUGCUGUGGGUGCGACCGCACAUUGUGAGAGAGCUUGCGAUUCGUGGCACCGCUGGAAUGGAGGUUCGGGACGAAACUAGCCCUCAGCAAACUCCGACCAUGGCAUGUUGCAUCUACCUGCAGGGCACGGCGCUACAUCGGGACUCUCCACUGGUGCAGGCAAGGCGACAGGAGCUGUCAGGGGAGCAGAAGGAUAACUGA